CGGGACAUUGAGAAGUAACCAACAGCCAGUCAGAGGAGGCUGGGCUGGCUGACAGAGCUGCAGUGAACCCACCCGCACAUUCCUCAUUCUGAAGAGGUGCUCAGGACUAGCAGACGCAUGGAGCCUAAGCAGAUCAGAGAGGGCUACCUGGUCAAAAAGGGGACAGUGUUGAACUCAUGGAAGGUUGUGUGGGUGGUACUGUCGGACGAUGGGGUGGAGUUCUAUAAGAAGAAGACAGACAGCAGUCCUAAAGGAAUGAUUCCACUGAAGGGAACCACUCUCACCAGCCCCUGCCAAGACUUCAGCAAGAGAACGCUGGUUUUCAAGCUCACUACCGCAAAGAACCAGGACCAUUACUUCCAGGCCACUCACUUGGAGAACAAAGAAGUCUGGAUCAAAGACAUCAAAAGCGCCAUCACAUGUCUGCAAGGGGGCAAGAAGUUUGCCAGGAAGUCCACUCGGCGGUCUAUCCGCUUGCCAAGCACUGUCAAUCUGAGUGAGCUGUACGUCUUGAUGAAAGACCAGAACACAGGAGUGAAGGAACUGACAGUGGAGAAGGACAAGAAAACAUUCACCCACUGUUUCACAGGCAGCACGGUGAUCGACUGGCUGGUCUCAAACGAGCGGGUGAGGAACCGUGAGGAGGGGCUGAUGCUGGCCACGGGGCUCCUGAACGAAGGCUUCCUCCAGCCGGCCGGCGAGCUGUCCAAGAGGGCGGCCGAGGGGGCGGCCGAGUCUGCCCUGCUGGACCAGCCGGACGCGCUCUACUACUUUGCGGACAGUGGCUUUUUCAGUGAAGGGUACUCCAGUGACGAGGAUGUCAUUGUGAAGGUCGAGUUCAGGGGUGCGAUCAUAAAACAAGGUUGCUUACUGAAACAGGGACAUCGGAGAAAAAACUGGAAGGUGCGGAAAUUCACCCUCAGAGAUGACCCUGCCUACAUGCACUACUACGAUCCUGCCAAGGGUGAGGACGAACCCCUGGGGUCCAUUCACCUGAGAGCUUCAGUUGUGACUGCCGUGGAGUAUGUCCCAGAUGCUAAGAAGUACGACGUGGUUGGAAAUCUGUUUGAGAUCAUCACGUCAGAUGAAACCCACUAUUUCCUGCAGGCAGCCACUGCAGAUGAGCGUAAAGAGUGGAUCAAUGCCAUUCAGACUGUGUCCAAGACUGGGAAAUAGUCACUGCCCUGAAACUACUCUUCAUCGACAUGACUAUCAAUACAUUAAGAUACACUAUGCGACCAAAAGCAUCUGGACACCCCUUGGUCUGGGGCUGUUUUUCAUGGUUUGGGCAAGGCCCCUUAGUUCCAGUGAAGGCAAAUCUUAAUGCUACAGCAUACAAUCACAUUCUAGAUGAUUAUGUUCUUCCCCAACAGUUUGGUAAGUCCCUUUCCUGUUUCAGCAUGACAGUACUCCCGGGCACACAGUGAGGUCCAUAUAGAAAUGGUUUUGUUGAGAACGGUGUGGAAGAACUUGAGUGGCCUGACCUCAACCCCAACCAUCGAUUGGGAUCGAUUGGAAAGCCAGCUAUGAGCCUGGCCUAAUAGCCCAAACAGUGCCCGUCCCCACUAAAGCUCUUCUGUCUGAAUGGAAGUAAAUCCCUGCAGCAAUGCUCCAACAUCUAGUAUAAAGCCUUCACAGAAGAGUGGAGGUUGUUAUAGCAGCAAAGGGUAGACCAACCCCAUAUUAAUGCCCAUAAUUUUGGAUGAGAUGUUGGAUGUCAGGUGUCCACAUACUUCUGGCCAUGUAGUGUACAUAAAUAUUAAUCAUGAAGUGAAGUAUAAUGUCAAUGUAAUAUACAGUAUACACACACACAAACUUAUAUUUGAUAUUUGCACAUUACAAAUUAUAUCUGUCUGUACACAGAUGUGCAGUGGCGGAAAGAUGUUUCUGUACUGUUUGCUAAAUAUACUCAUGAAUAAAGUUGGAUAUCAGUAUUAAAAGACACAUGUUUCAACCAUGAAAACAAUUUGGAAGGAACUACAUCUUUCUUGGGCGUGGUACUGUUGCAUUUACUGCUGUAGAAGCGACUUACUCGGGCCUCUGGUGUGGUUAAAAGGCACAGAGGAUAUGUUCGGUAAGGUGUGAAUGUGUUGUGGUUUUGUGUUUUCUUGUAAAAGACAUGCAAUGCACUAAAUGUUAUACUGGAUGUAUAAUGCACUAACCAUUCAAUUGUCCAUUACAGUGUGUGACACACAUAUAAUGGCAAGAUGGUUUGAAUUAGGCCUAAUACAAAAUAAUUUGUAAAACAUCAUUUUAAGUUACAGUACAACAGAUAACAUUCCCAGUUUAUUUGCUUGCUCGAAUGUAAUUUAUACCAUUAGUUUGCUGCUUGGAUACCAGGUAUAUACUGUAGCACAACAAAACCCUUUUAUAAGUG